AUGCCGACCUCGCUGCAUCCGCAGGCAAAAUUCGAUCCUAUACCACCUGAUAUAGACUUGUAUAGUCUAGUAGACAAGACCUCUAACUUUCAAUGGGUCCAGCGCGUUUCGAGAAGCCAAAUACGCAACCUUGGCCAACAGGAGUUUGAGAAGCUUGUGUUAAUUCACGUUAUCAUUGGCGGCAAGCCUCUGAUCAUUGACGGAUGGGAUGGAGUUCUCCCAAAAUCCCUUUUUGAUGUCGCUUGGUUAGAAAAGACACAUGACAAGACACAAGAGAAUGUGAGAGACAUCGCCGCUGGGGCCGACAUCCCUAUGACGAUGGGCCACUACCUGCGAUCAAUGCGACAACUGGCGAACCAGUGGACCCCCACCAACUUCCGCGACGAGCGACGACAGCGUCUCUACCUCAAGGAUAUCGACUGCCCUCCAGAGUGGCAUGAUGCGCUACAAAAGGUUAUUCACCCGAACCUGUUUUACCUAAACGAGAAUGCCAGCGAGGCCGGAGGCUCACACCAGGAUGAAACAGUAUUCCGCGAUGAAGCUGCAGCAGCACCAGCCGGUGAUCUGAUGUCAAGCUUGCCAGAGGAGAUGCGCGCCCAAAACCUCAUGUGUUAUAUUGGACACGAAGGUACAUACACCCCAGCGCAUCGUGAAAUGUGUGCAUCCCUAGGCCAAAAUAUCAUGGUGGAAGCCUCCGGCGACGAGAAGGGUGAGAAAUCAGGCAGCUCGAUAUGGUUUAUGACGGAAAGCAAAGAUCGUGAGGUUGUGCGCGAGUACUUCCUUUCCAUGCUAGGUCACGAUAUCGAGAUUGAGAAGCACUUUGCCCAAAUCAACGCGUGGAAGAAAGCGCCUUUUGAUGUAUACAUUGUAGAACAGAAAGUCGGCGAUUUCAUUCUAAUUCCACCCCUGGCAGCACACCAAGUUUGGAAUCGAGGUACUCGAACAAUAAAGGUGGCAUGGAAUCGUACAACUGCCGAAACUCUUGAGAUGGCUUUGCAUGAAGCGCUUCCAAAGGCUCGCCUUGUCUGUCGUGAUGAGCAGUACAAAAACAAAGCGAUCAUCUUCUUCACUUUACAGAAGUACUACCGUCAGCUCCAAAAGCUUGAAGAGAAUGCAGAAAUGACUUCUAUGAGCUUUAUGGGUAUUGGACAAGACAUUCUCAGGAGCUCGCCUCGUGCCAAGCAACUUGCUGGCGACUUCAAGAAGCUCUUUGCGCUCUUUACCGAAAUUCUGCUUGACGAGAUGUUUGCAUUCAAAGAAAAGGAGGUGGAGUUUAUUGAGUUCGAUUCUUGCAUCACUUGUUCAUAUUGCAGAUCCAACAUCUUCAACAGGUUUCUGACAUGCAAGCACUGCACCCGCAUGCUCGUCAACGGUGAUGAGGACACAUACGAUGUAUGUAUGGAAUGUUACGCCAUGGGGCGGUCUUGCGCUUGUCUCUCAGGCUUGCAGUGGUGCGAACAAUGGACGUGGACUGAUUUGGUCAAUAAUUACGAGGACUGGCGCUCUAUGAUUAUCAAGAACGAUGGGUUCGUUGACUUUGAGUCUUCGCCGCGGCCUCUCGAGAUUGCCCGGCAGCGUUCUGCGAAGAAGUCUCUGGCACAAAUUUGUCAAGAAGCCUUGAGAAGGAGACCAUGGAAGGAUAUCACCCAGCCGGAACGUGAGCUUACACCAAGCGAAUCAGAGCCGGAAGUUGAUGGAGAAGGAAAGCCCAAGAAAAAAUACAAGAGGAAGAAGAAACGAGGAGAGCUUCGACGAUGCCAUGUAUGCUGUCACAAGGACUACGCUUACCGAGUGCAUCAAUGCACAAACCCUGGCUGCACCGAGUCUUACUGCUAUGGCGUCCUUUACAGAGCUUUCGACAUGUUACCACAAAAGGUCCUGGAGGAUGAGCAAUGGCAAUGCCCCAAGUGCUUGGGUAUCUGCAAUUGUGGUUAUUGUCGCCGUGUGGGCAAUACGGACCCUUACACGCCGAAGAAUACCUUGCUAGGACAUGAUACACGUCCGAUCGCUGAUGACCGAAGUGUAGAGGCGCUUGUUGAUUUUCGUGUCCACAAUCUCUCAUGGCUCAAGGCUGCUGGGGAGGAAAGCCGUAGUAAUAACAGCAAACGGAUGAAGAGAUUACGAGAGCAAGCCGACACCGCAAAAGCACAAGAUAUCACAGAGCAAGAAGAGGCAGACCAAGCACUGCAAGACGACGAUGAGGCUCACGAAAUUAAUGGUGUGCAUGUAUCCAGCAUGAACGGUUAUGGGGAUCAGAGCCAUGUUCUCGGUGGCCAAGGCGAUCAGCCCAUGACUGACGGCAAUGCUCAAGGAUCAUUACCGCGUUACCAUGAAGCAAAUGGCGAACAAGUUGACCAAUCCAUGGCUAUGGAUAUUUCCCAAUUGGAAGAUGUGGAUGCAUCCUUAUACCCGGAUCCUUCAUUGGUGGCUCGACAACGUAUAGGCAUGGGCUAUUAUGAGCCAGAUGAUGCACCGGACAGGAUUCUCUUUGAUCCCUUCCAGGCGCCUUCUGAAGAGGCCAUGCGACCGUCCGAGCCGGAUAUCCCCGAAUUUGUCAAGAAAUCUAUUCGGGCGGCCAAAAGAAAGGCCAGGAUAGAGAAUGAGGAUCCAGACUUUACUGUUGGCAAGGGGCAUCACAAAAAGCCUCGUCUUGCAACUGAACCAGAAGUAGACUUUUUGGACAGUAUGGAUCCUGCUUUAUUCAGCGGGCCGCCCACUGCCCCUGUAGCUGUCAUGGAUCAACCUGGCCAAGUUGAUAAGGAUCAAAGCGUGACACAAGAUGAAGCAACCGACAAUAAUCGGGAGGCAUCAGAUGAAAAUCCAGCUCAAGCUCCACCUAAGAAACGGGGUCAGUUGUUAUUUGACGCGAACGAACCCGAGCUUAGGCACGCCAAACCAAUAGCAUCUUAUGUUGAAGCUGAAAUGGAUUCCGAUGAGUUUGAAGAGGAGCAAGUCAAUCAAUCAAAGCCUCCUCAAGGUGACGCAGUCGGAGCCAAGAAAUCGGCUGUUGAUCUAGCUGCUGAUGCAGUUCGUGCUCUAUUCGGAACUCCCUCAUCCUCUAAUCCACAGCCCUCUAUCGAGGCGGACCCAACCCCUGGGACCGGGACUAAGACUCCUAAACGACGUGGACGUCCGCCCAAGAAUGCAUCCUCUGCCACGCAGUCCACGCCUGUCGGUUCGCCCCAAAGUUCCAAGUUCGGAAAAAAAGGCCGGCCUAGAGGCCGACCUCGAAAAUCACUUUUAUCUCUGGUUGCAGCUGUUGACAACUCGACCGAUAUCAUCGAUGAGUCUUCUCAAAACCAAGACAGCGAUAGUGACGUUGAACAUGAGAAAAUGGUUCGUGAGUUGGAGGCUAAUCUCGCUGCAGACUUGACUCAAGGUGCUUCGGGGACUACAACAGAGUCUAUUCAGCCUCGACGCCGGGGAAGACCAAGGAAGUCUGGCGUGACUACCAUCGCGGCAACUUCUGCCCCUACUGAUGUAUCUGAAGAAGACGCCAAGGAAGAAAGUCGUAUGUCCAGGUCUACUCGUCGCACGCGACGAUCAGAGGGUGCUGUCAACAAGCCCAGUCGACCAUCCAUCUCACCUCCACCGCCAACGGCUGGUGGGGCAGGGACGCAUCUUAUGUCUAUGGCUGAGCGAAUGGCACUCAAAGGAAAGAAGUUCAAGAUUGGCAAACGAAAGUCAAAAGGCGUCUCUGACAGUGCAACUCCCACACAAUCAGAAGCCACGACUCCCACACCGGGCGCUGAGGCUCCCAUAGAGGUGGCUGACGAACCAGUUGCAGAUGAUCAAGAAAUGGCCUCUCAUGAUCCGAGCCCCGAGAGCUCGUACACUGGUGGACAGUCGGCUCAAGUAUCUUCGGACAAUGAGAGUUCGCGAAGUCCUUCACCGCCCCCUCCCGCCCGACGACCCGCACAACCAACCGUGGUCCGGAUUGGUGACACAGACUCGGAGGCAGGGCAGAGUGACUCCAUGACAGGAUCAGACUCAGAUAGUGACGGCGACAUUCCUGCAAGACAAAAUUCUGGCCGAGGGGGUGGUUGCGGUCGUGGUCGUGGGCGUGGCAGGGGGAGGCCAAGGGGCAGCGGAAGAGGGCGCUAA